AUGAAUAAUUCAAAUCAAGAUGAUAUUUUGAAUAAGGAAAAUAUAAGCGACUUUAGAUCUAUUCAAAAUAAUUUAUAUAAAAUAAAUACACGAAAAGAUAAUAACCAUGAGGUAAAUAAAAAUAAUCAAAUGUAUUUUUUACAUUCGUCCAAUAAUCACGAAUGUGUAAAUAAUAAGGAUAAAAAAAAUGAUAAGGAUAUAAAUAUUCUAUCUUCAAAUAGUUCUCAUUUAUCUAAUUUUACCUCUUCUUAUCAUAGUAAUACUAUAAACAAAUGUAUAAUAAAUGAAAGACAACCAUUAGACAGAAAUGAACAGACAUAUGAUGAUACAAAUAUAAAUAAUUAUAUAAAUUUUAACUCAAAUAAAUUAUGUCAUAAUGUAAACCUAAUAAACCCUUCACAUGAUAAAUGUAAUAAUAUAGCAUUUAUGAAAAACAUAAAAAAUAAUAACGACCUUCAUUAUAAUCAACAAAAAAACGAACAGCAUGUUAAUUUUAUAUAUAAACAAAAUUAUUUCUAUAAACGACACGAAAAUAAAGAAAACAACCAUAAUGAUAUUAUUAACAAUAAUAAUGAACAAUAUGAUUUAAACAUAAAACAUAGUAAUAAUUAUGAUAAUACUAAAGAACACAAUUUGAAUGAUUUAUGUUUCGACAAAUCAGAUCAUUAUUAUAAUGAAUCUACUAUAAAUAUAAAAAACACAAAAAAUAUUAUAAUCAACCCUAAUAGGAAAAACGAAUAUGAUUCGAAUUGUGAAGAAGAAAUAUAUAGUACAAAGGAUGAUAAUAUAUAUAGUGAUAUUUAUAGUAACAAUAAAAAUCAAGUAGAUAUAAAAUAUCAAAAUAUACCAAAACAUUUUACAACACCUUAUAAUAAUAUUUAUGAUAAUACAAAAUGUUAUUAUAAAAAAAAAAAAAAAUUAAUAAAAAAUAAUAUUAAUAUUAAUAAUAAUAAUAAUAAUAAUAAUAAUAAUAAUAAUUAUAAUAAUAAUAAUAAUUAUAAUAAAUAUCACAUAAAUAAUAAUUACAAUUAUAACCAACAUAAAAAUGAUAACCAUUUAAAUCAUCCAAAUUUUCAAUAUCAAAUUUAUAACAGAAAAGACAAUGAAAAUAAUCAACCAACUUAUUCUAUAUCUAAUAAUUAUCAGAUGCUAAAUAUCUUCUCAAGGAUUAAAGAAAAAAAAAAAAAAAAAAAGAAGGAACUAAAAUAUUCAAUAGACCAAAAGAAUUUAGAAAUAUCGGAUAUUCAAACUUAUAUAAUAAACAAAAAGUUCCUUAAAACCAAUCAUACCAAAAAAGAACAUUUAAAAAAAAAAGAUAUAUCACAAGAAAUAAAACAAAUACAAUAUUCAUGCGAUAAUAAUUUUUAUAAUUCAAAUGACCUUUUUGUUAAUAUAAUUAAUGAUUGCAAAAGAGAUGAAGACAAUAAAAAAAUAAAUAUUCAAAAGGUACAAGGAAAUUAUGAUGACACAAUCAAUAAUUUUACCACAGACAAUAACAACAGCAACAAAACAAACAUCAGUAAUAAUAAUAAUAAUAAUAAUAAUAAUAAUAUUAGUUGUGGUACAAAUAUUUAUGUACAAAAUAUACAACACUUUAAUUAUAAAAAUAAUGUAAUGAAACAAAAAUAUAACAAUUUCAUAAGAAAUAAAAAUCUUCAAAAAGCUAUAUACAAUAAAAGGAAAACAAAAAUUAAGUUAUACGAAAAUAUAAUGGAAUUCGAAAAGCAAUUCAAAAAUGCAAAUGGUAUACAAAAUAAUAUUCUUCAAUAUAAAGAAAAAUAUAGUUAUCACAAAGACAAAUAUUUUGUUCUUAAGAAGGAUAAUGAAAAUCAUUCUCAUAAUCAAAUAAAUAAUAUAUAUAACAAUCAUAAUACUUCUCAUUAUAAUAAUGAUAUAACUGUUUUAACACCUAAUGAAAUUCAUAAUAACAAACAAAAUUAUGAAAAAAUCGAAACAAAAAGUGAAAAACAAAAUGAAUAUAUAAUAAAAGAAAAUCAAAAUGAACAAACACAAGAAUCAUAUAUUCCAAUUCAUUUUAAAUUGAGAAGAAAAACACCAAAAAUAUUUAAAACCAAUUAUUUGUCUAGCAAAAACAAAAAAAAAAAAAAAAAAAUUAAAUUAUACUUAUAUUCUCUCUUUAAAAAUAACAUCCAAAUAAAAGACGUACAAUCUCUCAAUAAACUUAAUAAUAAUAAACACACAAACUCCCAUGAAAUUCAAAUAAAUAAUAAAAAUGAAUUCCUAAACUCAUUCUUAAAAUAUAAUAUACAAGAUGAAAAACAAUAUAUGAAUUUAGAGAAUUUAUUCCAUUUUAAUCAUAAAUUUAAAUCAAAAAAAAAUAUAAAAAAAAAAAAAAAUUAUUAUAAUAUAUAUGAUGAGAAAACAACACAUACACACAAAAAAAAAUAUAUACACAUAAAUGAAAAUGUGCAUAUUAAUAAUGAUAAUAUGAAUCAUAUAAAAUUCUCUCCAAAAAAAAAAAAAAAAUAUUUAUAUUUAAAUCAACAAGGAAAGCAUGGACAUACAAAAAAAGAAGCUACAUAUUAUAAAAAAGAAAAAAGAAAAAAAUCAUAUAACAACAAAAAUAUAUAUCACAAAAUUUCAUCCCUUUAUCUUAAUAAAGAUAUAUAUUUCUCACAAGAAACAAUAAAUAAAAACAAUAAUAAUGAUCAUGAUAAAUCUAUUAUUAAUAAUAAUAAUAAUAAUAAUAAUAAUAAUAAUAAUAAUAAUAAUAAUAAUAACCAUUUUUAUAAUACACAUGAUCCUGAUGAUAUAUUGAAAGAUAUUAACAAAGAAGUAACAAAACAUUUAACUAUCAACAGAGUAGACAAUGAUGCAUCUCAUAAGGAAUAUAAUGAAAGUGAAAAUGAUCAAUAUGGAAAAACGAAUGAACACAAAAAAGAUAAUACAUAUAUCCUAAAUAAUAAAAAUGAUCAAAAUAUUCAACAUAAUGAAACACUUCAAUAUGAACAAUAUAACAAUAAUGAUCACAUAUGUAAUAAUUCAACUGAUAAAAAUAUAAUCAUAAAAGAAAUUAAAAUAUCAAACGAUCAAGGUCCUAAUUCAUAUGAAUUACUCAACAGUAAUGAAAACAAUACAGAAAAACCAUUAUUAUGCCCCUUAUCAAAUAACUUAUUAGGAUUAAGUGAACUUUUUUCAAAUAAUAUAGAUGAAAUAUUAAUAUCUGAAAAUGAAAAAAUAACAAAUGUUCAUAUAAAUAAUGUUUCUAAAGAUAAAACAAUCAAAUCACAAAAUGAUAUAAUGAUAAUACAAAAUUCUCACGUACAUUUAGAAAAAGAUAUACCAUCAAUAUAUGACUCAAAUGCAGCCGUUCAAAAUGAAUAUUCUUUUAAUAUUGAAGAAGGAUAUAAUGUUAAGGACAAACAAGAUGAACAUAUAAAUUAUCACGAUGAAAUUAUGAAAUAUGAUACUGAAAGUAUAAAGGAAUACGCACAUAUUGAUAAUGAUACAAACAAUAUGUAUGAACACAAAAAUGAACAUAUAAAUGAAACAAUAAAUACAACUUAUGAUGAUGAUAAUUUUACACACCAUUCUAAUAAUAGUAAGAGAGAAAAUGACCAUUCACCAUAUAAAAAUGAUGAUCUUGCAAAUUUAGAUAUUCCGCAUGACCAAAAAUCAUCACACACGUGUGAUAGUGAUGAUCAUAAAAUAAAUUCCAGUAAUCUGGAUGAUAAAUUAAAUCAAUCUGUGAUAAUAGAACAAAUAAAUAUAAAACUAAAUGAUGAUAAAAAUACGGAUAACCAAAGUUUAUAUGAUGAACAAACGUAUGAAGAAAAUAACAAUAUAUACGAUAUUGAAGAAUAUACCCAUAAAAAUGAUAUAGAUAAUAAUAUAAAUGUAGCCAUUGAUUAUACUUAUCAAAAUAAUCAGGAUAAUGACAGUGUAUAUAACACAGACAAUAUAGUAUAUGAUAAAAAUAUAAACCAUAUUGGAUCAAAUAAUAUUUCCAAUAAUUAUGAAAUUAUUAUUUUAAACUCUGAAAUAAUUAAAGAGGAUUUUAAACCAAACAUUGAAUUAACCGAAAAUAAUAUUCAAACGGAUAAUGUUGGAGAACAUUCUUAUAAUGCAAAUAAUAAUUAUUCUGACCAACCAACAAAUAAAGAACAAACAAAUUCAAUAUGUGAAAAAUAUAAACAUUUAGAAAAAAUAAAAACAAAUUUGGAUGAUGAAAUAAAAUUAAAUGAUGAAAAAGAAUUUCAAGAUAAUAUAAGUAAUGAAAAUAAUAUAAUUUUGAAAGAAGAGGUAGAUAAUAAAGAAAAUAAAACAUAUUUGGAAAAAAAUGAAAAAUCAUAUCUAAGUAGCGAUAAUGAAGAAAUUCUAAAUAAUUUAAAUAAAAACAAUGUAACUUAUAAGAAUAAUCUUGAGAUAUAUAAUAAUGAAUAUAAAACUGAUAAAAAAAAUAAAAAGGACAUUAAGAAAAUAGUAUCAUAUAUAAGAAUUAAACAUCUUAAAAAUCAUAACAUAAUAAAAGAAUUUAAUUAUUUAAGUAUUAAAAUUAACAAAUAUAAUUUGUUUAAACAUUUAGAUAUUAAAGAAGAAAGAUUAAAUUAUAUUACAUCAAUAUAUCAUUCAUUUGAUUAUUAUAACAAAAGAAUAAAGAAAAACCAUCAGGAAAAAAUAAAUAAAAUAAAUGAUUUAAUUUAUGAAUACAGUAAUGAAACAAAAAAUAAAACAAAUAUAGAUAAUUAUAAAAAAAAAUUUGAGGAAAAUUUAUUAAAUAUAAUAAAUUAUAAUAAACAACAUGAACAACAUGAAGAAUAUGAAGAAAAAUAUAAUUUAUACACUUAUAAAGGUAAUACUAAUAUAAAUAAUAACGAAUUUAUAGUCAAAAACGAAAAAAAUAAUAAUUUUAAUAGUAAUAAUAGUAGUAACACUUGUAGUAAUAAUAUAAAGGUUAAUAUGGACAAUGAAUUAAUUGUUCAUAAAAUAUAUAACAUCUAUUCAGAAAAUUCACCCAAGGAAAAUAUUCAUUUAUCUGAUGAGAAUGACAAAAAAUAUAUAGAAGAAUAUUUGUCUUAUAAUGAUAAAGACAAAUAUGUAAAUAAUAAUAAUAAUAGUAAUAGUAAUAAUAAUAAUAAUAGUAAUAAUAAUAGUAAUAAUAAUGAUGAUUUAAAAACAUUAAUUCCUUACGAUGAUUACUCUGAAGACGAUAUAAUGAGCUAUGAAGAUAUAAAACGGAAUAUAUGGCUACAAAAUAUAGACUUUCAAAAAAAUAUAGAACGAAAAAAUAAUAUAGUUAGUUAUAUCCAAUUGGAAUCAAUGAAAUGCAUAAUUUUAUUUUGUUCUUUAUACAAAAUAAAAUAUUUUCAAGGCAUGCAUGAUAUGAUAAUAAGUUUGUUUUAUUUAAAUUUAGAGACCUAUGAAAUAUUUUGUGUUUUUGAAAAAAUUUUACAUUAUUAUGCUCCCUAUUUGUAUUUACAAAAUAAUUAUGUGUACACUAUAAAUACAUUAAACCAAAAUACAAUAACAAAAAAUUCGACAUUUAAUAACAUACCUUUAGAUAUAGGAAUACAAAUAUGUAAUAAAAAUGCUAAAUUAUUUAGGUUAUUAUUUCAAUUUUUCUUUCCUCAUAUUAGUUAUUAUUUUGAUACAACCAUAGAUGAAACGUGGCCAACAUUUUUUUUUGUUAAUUUGAAUUUUAGUAAAUUUAAUAAUGUAUAUCGUUUAUUAUAUAUAUGGAUGAAAUUAAUAGAAAUAAAAGAUACAACAAAUGAGGCCACUUGUGAUUUUAUACUCUAUUUAUUAUCUUUCUUUAUAUACAAAAUCAAGGCUAUUAAAAAUAAAAUGCAUCAACAAGAGGAAGAAAAAAAAAAGGAUAUUCAUAAGGAUAUUCAUAAGGAUAUUCAUAAAAAUAUUCAUAAAGAUAAUCAUAAGGAUAAUCAUAAUUAUAGUUAUAAUUAUAAUCCAACCUCAACACUACCAUAUGAACAUUUUAAAAAACAAAACAUAUGCGAUAAAGAAGGUAUAAAAAUUAAACAUAAUGAAAAGAAGGAACCUAUUAAAGUACAUUCAGUGAAUGAUCAAAAUGAAUAUAUGUUAAACAAUAAAAAUUUAAGCAAUAAUGAAAAUAUAUAUAAUAUUGAAAAAAUACAUGAUAUAAAUAAUAUCUGCUAUCAGGAAUCUAUUACACACACAAAUGAAAAUAAAGAAGCACAAAAUAAAAAUGAAUAUUUGGAACAUCGUAAUGAUCAUAUGAAGAAACAAAAAUGGUCCAUAUAUUGUAAAGAAAUGUUUUCAUUAUUUUUUGAAUUCAAUUCAUCUUUUGAUGAACAUUUUAAUGAUAAUUACGAAAUGCAUAUGGAUAAAAUAAUAAAUAACAUAAAAAAUAUAAAAGAUAUGAUUCCUAUAAGUUUUAUAAAUUUUAUCAUAUAUUAUAAUUCCUUAUAUCAAAUUAAUGAACAAUUAUUACUAACAAAUGAAAAAUCACAACCUAUACAAAAAUCAUCAUAUUAUUUAAACAAACAAUUAGAUAGUAAUAUUAUAUGCUUACAUAUAACUUUAGAUGAUUUAUUAUAUAUACAUAAUCAUCAAAAAAAUUAUAAUUUCAUUUUUAUCAGAUAUUUAGAAUAUAAAAUAAUUCUAUGUAAACUGUUAUAUAUAAAUAUUAAUAAUCUUACGAUUGAAAAUUUUAUGGAGUUCAAAAAUAUACAUGAAUUUCUGAAAUGUAAACAGCAAAAAAAAUUAAAAGCAUUAUAUACAAAUGAAUUCAAGAAUAAAUAUAAUAAUAAAAAGAAAAUACUCUACAUAAUAUUACAGAAUGGAGAUAAUAAGGGCGAACAAAGAAAAAUACAUAACAAUAUUACACCUAUUAAUAGUAAUAAUAAUAAUAAUAAUAAUAUAUGUAAUAAUAAUAAUAAUUUUAUAAAUAAACAAAAGGAAAUUUCAUUUAACAGUAUAUAUCUGUCAUCAUUACAUAAUGAUGAUAAAAAUUUACAAGAUUUUAUCAUACUACUCUUAAAAAACAACAUCAAAUAUAUAACAAUAUUCAAGGAAAGUUCUAGUAUCAUUAAUAUAAAGAAUAAUAAAAAAAUAAACAUUUCUUAUCAAUUUAAAGACCGAAACAAUUUGAAAGAAAAUAAUUUCUUCUCAGAAAUAUUUAAAAAAGUUAAAAAUAAAAUAUAUGAUAAUAUUAUAAAAGAUAAUAAUGAAUUUCACGCAGAAAAACAAAUCCUCAAAAAAAAUGAUACCUCGAAUAAAAAUGAUAAUGUAACAUAUACUUUGAAAGAUUCCAAUUUUAAUGUUUUUAUUAACAAAAAAAUAAAUAAAAAAUAUACACAUCAUAUCAAAAGUAAAAAAAAAAAUUAUUUAAAUUAUAAAUAUAACUUCAAGAAUAAAACAAGAAAUACAAAAAUGAAAACAAAAAAUAAAUCAAAAAUUUUGAUAAAUAAUUUACAAAGUAAAUUAACAAAUAAUUCAGUAAAUAAAUAUAAAACUAACAAAAAAAUGCAUAUUUCAAUAUAUAAACAACAUAAUAAAAUUAAUUCAACACAAAUAAAAUCUAUUAUAAAUUCUACACAAAAAAUACAACUUAAAACUUUUAAAAAUAAUUAUAAUUUAGAUAUAAAAAAUAAUGUAAUAUUUAAAAAAAAUCCUAAUAAAGACAAAUUAAAUAUCAUUCAAAACAAAUCUAAUACAUUAUCAAUUAAUAAACAAAAUCAAAAAAAUAACGAACAAAAUAUUCAUAACAACACAAUAUAUAAUAAUACAAUUUUUAAAAAAAAUACUACUAACUUGUAUAAAAAAUCAGACACCCAAUAUCUUAAUACUAAUAUAAAAUUACAAAAAGAUACAAAUGAUAUUCUUAUAAACAAGAAUCAAAUUGAUAAAUAUAUUCUUGAAAAUGAAAAAUUAAAUAAUCAUAAAAAAUACAACUUUUUAGACUUACAUCAAAAUCUUAUUAGUGAUAUAUUAUUAGAUCAUUUCUCACAAAAUAAAAAAUUGUGUAAUCCUUAUGAAACAGAAAAAAUAUAUAUAAAUAAAUUCCCGACAAAUAUGGUGAAUAUGAUCAUUUCGAAAAAUAAAAUAGGCUAA